AUGUUCUCUCUCAAGCAAUCCGUAAUUGCUGCAUUGGUUUUGCCCACCAGUAUGGUCAACGCGCUCACCGGGGAAGCCACUUGGUACACUCCCAACGGUGGAACCGGGGCCUGCGGUGCUCCCUUGCAGAACUCUGACCACAUCGUCGCGCUCUCAAGCGACCAGUAUGCUGGAGGGGCGCACUGCUGGAAGCACAUCAGUGUACACUACAAGGGCAAAUUUGUAGACGCUACCAUCGGGGACCUUUGCCCUGGCUGUGGCCAUAACGGGAUUGAUCUUUCGCCGUCUGCAUUCGAGAAGCUUGCUCCUCUCGACGAUGGGCGUAUCCAGGUCACCUGGAACUACGAGUAG